AUGUCUCCGCAAAAGCAGCCUGAAGCCGGUGUCGUCGUGUCCACUCAAGUCCUGGACGACGUCGCCGCGAUGUUGGAGAUGGCGUUACGUGACACGGAGGUCGCAUCUGGUCUCGGACUGGGGGCCCUGAAGACCAACGAUGCCUUCAGGAAGAGCGUUUUACUGCAGUUACAUAGCCACAUGGCGAACAAGAGGGGACCGACCCGUCCAAGCUACGUGCUCGCAAUGGUGGUGGUUAAAAACCAAAGUAACACGCCUGAAGCAAGAAAGAUAUACGACUCUGGAGUACCCACGGAGGGGCAAGACAUCCCUCCUACUCUCGAUCUUGCUCCCACCAGCAGACAGAGCCCUAGCAAGACGGCGAGUUUCGACGCAUUGCGAAAAGUCGCUCUUGAGUUUGCGGAGACUUUUCUUCCACCGGCUGCUCCCUUUUUUAAAUAUGACCCCGACAAUGAUAGCUACAGCCGCAAGGCGUUCGGCGCGCUCGUUGCGGCAUUCUACCAAGACUCCUUCAAAUACAGCAACCCCCUCGUCGACGACUUUAACGCCAUCAUGCCCGACAUACAUAAGCGCCCAGCCGAUUACUACGACUACGAGGGCUUUCCUCUCCGUCUUCCUCCCACACGGGAAGGAUUUUGUGAUGGAGGCACUGCCUAUGAGCACGCGGACGCGCUGAAACAGUACCAAAAGGAAGGAAAAUUUUUCCUCUUCCACCAGAUGGAUAUAAAGCGGCCAGCGGCCAAGGACGACGGCAGCAACGAUGAGUGGGGAUCGCAGGACGCGUCGGGAUCUGAUGAAGAGGCCCCUGCGGGGGAUGAAAAGGCCCCUGCGGGGGAUGAAGUGGCCGAGCCGGCGUCCGUGCCGGGGCCCAGUUCAAGAAAAGGGGUGCGCACGAGGAAGGAGUCUACGAAGGUGAGGGAAAUGAGGGGUGUCGGGCGCAAGGCGAAUGAUGCUUCCCUUCAUGAACUAUCAAGCGGAAAGAGGCGUCGUACGGUAUAG